AAAAUUUCACCUUGGGUAGGUUUACGCAAGAUCAACAUCUCGUACUGGGGAUGGGAUGACAUGUCUCCUUUUACAAACACAACUCUGCAGUGGCUUCCUGGAGAGCCAAAUGACUCCGGUUUCUGUGCGUACCUGGAAAGAGCAGAGGUGGCAGGGCUGAAAGCGAAUCCAUGCACUGCGAUGGCAGAUGGCCUCGUCUGCGAAAAACCUGUUGUUAGUCCCAAUCAGAAUGCCAGACCCUGCAAAAAGCCAUGCUCCCUGCGAACUACGUGUUCCAACUGCACCAGUAAUGGUAUGGAGUGCAUGUGGUGCAGCAGUACAAAACGAUGUGUUGACUCAAAUGCCUAUAUAAUCUCCUUCCCAUAUGGACAGUGUCUGGAAUGGCAAACAGCCACAUGUUCCCCUCAAAACUGCUCUGGACUGAGGACCUGUGGACAGUGUUUGGAACAGCCUGGAUGUGGAUGGUGUAAUGAUCCCAGUAAUACCGGGAAAGGGCAGUGUUUGGAAGGCUCCUCAAGAGGACCAAUGAAGCCUGUUGCCUUUCACUCCAGUGAAAUGGUGCUUGAUGCUACUCUUUGUCCAAAAGAGAAAAAUUACGAGUGGUCUUUUAUCCAGUGUCCAGCUUGCCAGUGUAAUGGCCACAGCACCUGCGUCCACAGUAACGUUUGUGAUCAGUGUAAAAACCUGACGACAGGAAAGCAAUGUGAAACGUGCAUGCCCGGCUACUACGGGGACCCCACGAACGGGGGGCAGUGCACAGCUUGCACGUGCAGUGGUCAUGCAAAUAUUUGUCACAUGCAAACAGGAAAAUGUUUCUGUACAACUAAAGGAAUCAAAGGAGAUCAGUGUCAACUCUGUGACUCUGAGAAUAGGUAUCUUGGAAAUCCACUUAGGGGAACAUGUUACUACAGCCUUUUGAUUGAUUACCAGUUUACCUUCAGCUUAUUACAAGAGGAUGAUCGUCAUCACACUGCUAUAAACUUUAUAGCAAAUCCAGAACAGUCAAAUAAAAAUUUGGAUAUAUCAAUUAAUGCAUCAAACAACUUUAACCUCAAUAUUACAUGGUCUAUUGGUUCUACAGCUGGAACAAUAUCUGGAGAAGAAAUUCCUGUUGUUUCUAAGACUAAUAUUAAGGAAUACAGAGAUAGCUUUUCCUGUGAAAAAUUUAAUUUUCGGAGCAAUCCAAACAUCACUUUCUAUGUCUAUGUCAGCAAUUUUUCCUGGCCAAUUAAAAUACAGAUUGCCUUCUCACAGCACAAUACUAUCAUGGAUCUCGUGCAGUUCUUUGUCACCUUUUUCAGUUGUUUCUUAUCCUUACUGCUGGUAGCUGCUGUCGUUUGGAAAAUCAAACAAACCUGUUGGGCUUCUCGACGGAGAGAGCAACUUAUGCGGGAGCGACAGCAGAUGGCCAGCCGCCCCUUUGCUUCUGUCGAUGUAGCACUGGAAGUAGGAGCUGAGCAAACAGACUUUCUCCGAGGGCCAUUAGAGGAUCCACCACAAGGACCGAAUAGCGCUCCCAAAGAAAUACAUUUGGAUGAAGAUGAUUGAACAUGCAGAUCCAAAGCCCCUUUAGGAUAUGGUGGACCUUUGGCCUUGGUUGAAGAACGUUCUUGGAUGAAAGAACUCCAGCUGAAAGACUUUGCCUUUGCCUUUUACCUGUGAAUUGCAAAUAUAUGAAAGACAUAAAGGAAACAAAGAUUUGCAGCUGAAUCCUUACAGGGUACAGUUACAGUGUCUGACACUGGAACUCAGUCAGCCUGCCUUAUUACUGUG